UAUUUUUAUAUUUUUCAGGAUCGGAGAUCCGACCUGGUCUGCAGUCAAAGUGGUUUGGGACAGUUGGUCAGUUCUACAUCAGGGUCAUUUUCAACGGCACCCCGUCUCUCCCAUACACCUAACACAGACUUCCAACCGCCUUAUUUCCCCCCACCCUACAUACCCUCCCAACAACCGGUAGAAUUUCAUCCCUCAGUUAAUGCUGAUCCUUAUGCUCAUUUAAACAGUUUUCAACAACCUCAACAUCACUAUAAUCAACUUCAUAGUACUGAUAGAAAUGUUUUACGCCAUCGAGAUGACCUUCACAACAUGCAUCAUGGAUUCCCAGGAAUGUAUGAUUCCAGAAGAACAGAUUAUGGUGGCGUACGUAGACCGGAAGUGUUCAUGCAUGGUGGCCAUCCUGGAUUAACACUAGAACAGGAUCCAUCCCUAUUAGGUUUACAUCAUGGCAAUCCACUUUCUUCUAUUGACGACGGAAGUCAGUUAUUGAUGAACAGCGUAAUAAAGAAAACCAGCAUGUUACCAAAAAAUGAACACAAUAAAGAUUUGGUUAUAUCUGGCGUUACAGCUCCAACCGAUGUCUUCUGCUCUGUUCCUGGUCGAUUAUCCCUACUCAGCUCAACCUCCAAAUAUAAAGUCACAGUUGCUGAAGUACAAAGACGAUUGUCUCCCCCUGAGUGUCUCAAUGCCUCACUACUUGGUGGCGUGUUAAGAAGAGCAAAAUCUAAAAAUGGUGGUCGAUCUCUACGAGAAAAACUGGAGAAAAUUGGGUUGAAUUUACCUGCAGGGAGACGAAAGGCUGCUAAUGUUACAUUAUUGUCUUCGUUAGUAGAAGGUGAAUCCAUCAGGUUAGCUCGAGAUUUUGGUUAUAUUUGUGAAACUGAGUUUCCAUCUCGACAAUGUGCUGAAUAUAAUCUUAGACAAUACUGUGAUCCAAAUGAUACACAUAACCGAAAAAAUAUGGUGCUAGCUACAAAGACGAUGUUGAAAGAAAUGAUAGAUUUAUUAAAUCAGGACAGAUCACCACUGGGAAAUACUCGCCCUACACCAAUCUUAGAACCCAAUAUACAGAGACAUCUUACACAUUUCAGUCUUCUUACUCACGGUUUUGGUGCCCCAGCAGUGUUGGCAGCCCUAACAGCAGUUCAAAACUACAUGAACGAAAUGUUGAAAUUAUUGGACAAAAAUUACCCCGCUAAUCAAAACUCUCAAGUGAAUUCUGGCAAUAAUCCAUUAGACAAUAAACCACCAAAAGAUAAGGACGAGAAUCGACGAGAGUGA